AAAACCCGAUUUCCAGUUUAGGAUGAGCAACCUAUCAUCCAGUUCGACGGGAUCAACGGGACCACGUGGAAGAGGAAGAGUGGUCGGAGUGCCAACAAGAUGCUGGUGCGGGGAAGGAAUCGUGGCACUCAUUUCAAAAUCCGAUCCGAAUCCUUGCCGGAGAUACUUUCGUUGUGGUUUUGCUGCAAAAAAUAGGCUAAGGAACGAUGAUCACGUUUUUAAAUGGGUUGAUGAAGCUUUGAUCAAUGAGAUAGAUACAUUGACAGCAAAGCAUGGUGAAAUAGAGAAGGAGCUGAAAGAGCUUAGAAGAGAGAGGUUGGAGUUUGAGAAGAUGGUUUGCGAGAAGGUUGAAAUGAACAUGGAGAAGGAGUUGAAUGAGAAAGUAGAAGAAGCUUUGUCUCAAGCGAAAAGAAGCAAUAAGAAGAUGAUGAUUGUCGUAGUGUUAGGGUGUAUGAUCAUGAUCGGAUUCUCUAAACUUGUAGGAUGAAUGUGUUAGGUUUGGAGUUGUGAUCUUGGUACGUUUGGUGAAUGUAUGUUUGUUCUAGCUUUGUGGGAUUUGUGUUUGUACGUUUAUGUGUUUAAGUUAAUGACAAUGCAUGUUCUUAUUAGAGAAAUCAGGAAGAAAGCAAUAUCCAAAUU